CAGCUCGAGAAGAAAAUCCUACCGUGCUCGAUUCUUCCCUGCGCGUCUCCUCCGCUUGGAGCUUCCUGCGUCCCUCUGUGGCCGGAACUCCCUUCAUGGCCGGAGCUCGGACGGCGCUCGGUCCUGCCACUCCCAUGGCCGCGCCCCCCUGCUUCUCUCUCUCAGCGCUCGCGGCUCUUUCUCUCCUGCUCCGUCCAUGGCUGUUUGCCUCUGCUCGCGGCGUCCCUGCUCGCCCAGCCGAGCUCUCCACUGCCCAGCUCCAUCUCACGGCGCUCUGUCUGCUCGGUUCCAUGGCCUCGGUACUCCAGCUCGCCGUGACCUGCUCCCUCUGUUUCCAUGGCAGGCUCUCUGCUCGUCGCGCGCGCCUGGACGAUCUCCCUGGUGGCUGCCUGUUCUCCCUGUGUACCGCGCGAGUUCUUUGGUAGACGCGCGCUGGCCGUGCUCCACUUCGCCCAUCGCGGCGCUCCAGUUCCAACUCGCUGCGCGCCGAGCUCUUCGCUGUUGUCCGUGCGCGCGCGCCGCUCGUCGACCUCUCUGCUCACGUAUAGCUCGCUCUUUCCUUGUUUGCCGCGCGCACGAAUUUCAUCUGCUCCCAUAGCAUGUCGAGUUCCCGCACCAUCAUCGCUUCUGUCACAAGCUCGUUGACCACAGUUAUUUUGAUCGUGUCAGCUCGCGACUGUGGUCAUGUUCAUCGAAUUCGCCAACGCUUUGUUGCCGAUUCGAUUGUCGUCGUUUCGCGUGUUGUCGAGCCCGUCGUUUUCCCCGUCUUGUACUCGCAUGGUUUUCUGCUCGCCGGUGCGCUCUCUCAGCUCGCUCGGCUUUAAUUCCUAAUCGCAUCGUCGAUUCCAGCGGUUAACGUCGUCGCGUCGCGGGUGCAGCUCUAUAUACAUCACCCUCCCGUGUCGUCGUCGUUCCGCGUGUCAGUAAGAAAACCAAAGAAUCGGGUGAAGACGAAGCUAGCAGCGCGAUAUUCCCUAAGCGCUCGACAAAUUGUCUGGAUCGGAAAAUCGCUACCGAUCUCGUGGAUUCGUGUCAGCUGUGGAAACGGUAAGCUGAUAAAUUAUUCAGAAUAGUUCGAUCGAUGAAUAAAUUAAUGUGCUAGUGUGAUGCUCAUUAAGGUGCUUGAUAAAUUGCGUAAGUCACGAAACUCUCGUCGACUUCGCAGUUCUUGCGAUUAUCGAGCCAGAUUCAGUUAUAGCGAGUUAUUUCGCUAUUCCGGUCACUUAGCUGAAUUAGUGGACCAAGUAGAAUUUUGGCAAGCAUGUGUGAUGAUGAAAUAUUUUAAUCACUUAUAAAGAUGUAGUAUAAUUUAUAAAGAAAGGGAUUAAUUCAGAAUUUAAUUAAUUAACUGAUAAGUUGUGAUUAGGCUAAUUGUAUUUCAUGUGUAUAAUUUGUUGUUCGUGAUGUUUGCGUUAGGUUUGAAAAGCGUAAUUAUUGCGCGUAGUCGUAUAUUAAUAACUAGUGUUUUCGUACAAAAUUGUACAAUGCCUCACCGCUAGAUGUUAAAUUCGCUAUCGCGUAGCACUAUUUAGGUUUGUAAUAUUCUCGUUUAUAUGCAUUCAUGUGCAUAAUGCAUUUCAUUCAGGUACGUUAAUUAAUCGCGUGAUGCGGAGAACGACCCAAGUCGACCCCAAGCAUGGGCCAAUCCGCAGAAUGAUGCUAAUGGACAAACCUGAAGAGGAUCGUCAAGUGGACAUCGUCUAACAACACUAACCUAGUGUUACCCAGGCAAGCCCCGGUGCAUGCAACCCCUUCCUUGUAUUUUUAAAUUAUUUUUACACACUUUAAGUCUAGUGAAUGUGCAUUAGGUUUAUAGGAGUUGCUUGAAAACUCUUUGAUGCAUUGGCUACCUUGAAAUCCAUCCUUUUAUAGAUACUUCUGGUGAAGUAUCAAAAUAUAAUUUACAAAAAAAUGCUUAGCCCUGCUUAUACGCAGAUAGAGUUUGUCCUUUGCACUUAUGCCUAGCUCAGGUUUAUCCUGAGGAAGGAUGAUUUCUACCU